GAUUCACACAAGUAGCCUACAAAUUAAGAAUGCAUAUCAUGGAAUGGUUGUGGUUUUGUAAAUAUUUUUAGUGAACAAAAAACAUACACAUUCUGAUAUGAUCUAUGGUGUCCCCUUGGUUUUAAUUUAGGUAUGUUCUGAAUAUGAAGUGGUUUAAUUUCCCCCUUUGACUGUGUGCAUGAAAAAUACAAUAUACAUCAUGUUUGCACCUGUUAUGAUUUCAUAUUUAGCUUUUUAUUGUUGUAUGGUGUUGUCUAUACAGUGUGUAUUCCUGUCAGUUAUAAGUCUAUACAAUGUGUAUUGCUGUCAGUUAUAAUACAUUGUUCCCCCUGUAUAGUGUAGGCUACACCAUCUCCAAAUACUGUACCUCUGUUUUGUUAUUACGUUUAAAAAUGUAUUAUCAUUUUACAUUUAAUACAUUAUAUCAUUAAAUGCUUGGUUUUGUGACACAUAGGGUGGUAGUAAUAGAGGAUGGUAUGUUAACCACAUUUUAGAAAAGGAAAAAGCAAGAUGAUUGAGUGGAACUAGGAACUAACGAAACUGCAUUUCGCAUCAAGUCGGACAUAUAUCUGCUGCACACCUUGGUCCAGAGCGAGAGGAGAGCGAGGUUUUAAUUCUAAUAAAGUAUUUUCAACUUUUCUGACAUUCAAAUGUCAUGUCAAUUUGCUAUUUAGUUACAUCCCACGUGUUUAAGUGUAGGUUUGGUGGUUAGUCUCGUAAUUUCUACAUGUUCUUGAAUGAUGUAGCUAUCAAUACAUGUCCUUGGAUGAGUAGAUAGCUAACAGUGGCGGUUUCCAGCAGCUCGCGCUCAUUCAUUGAUUCAAAGUAGCAAGUCAUCAUGACAGAACACAAUCUACUGGAAACGGAGGCGAUACAAUAUAACGUUAAUGCUAAAGACAGCGGCUUCAAAAAACGUUUAGGACUGAUCGCAACUGGAAUUGUCGGGGGGUCAUUGGUUGCCCUCUACGCUGUUGCAGGUCCAUUUGUUGCACCUGCUUUGAGAAAGGUGUGCCUACCUUAUGUCCCCGCAACUACAGCACAGGUGGAAAAUGUCCUGAGAGUGCUGCAGGCGAGAUCUGGAUCCCUCGUGGAUAUCGGAAGUGGGGAUGGAAGAAUAGUAAGUAAACUUGGUAAUCUGAUCAGAGGAGGACCAGACAAUGUCUUAAUUUGUGAUUGUGACUUCACUAUUGAUUGUUAAAUUAGAUCCUUGGGUUUGUGCAAUUUGCAGGGCUUGCACUCUUCUCUGGAAAUUAAAGUUACAAAUUGCAUUAGAAGGAAUUUAGUUGUAGCCUAUUAGCAUCCCUGAAGGCUGUUAGGCUGGAAAUGUGUAGUAUUUUGUUGCUCCUAUCACUGGCACUUUGAUUUAACAAUCCAUUUAAUUUCUGCAGGUGAUAGCAGCUGCAAAGAAAGGAUUUCGAGCUGUUGGACUUGAGUUGAAUCCAUGGUUGGUGUGGUACUCCCGUUACAGAGCUUGGAGAGAGGGAGUUCAUCAUUCUACUUCCUUCCACAUAUCAGAUUUAUGGAAGGUUAGUCAAUUCAUCAGCGAUCAUUUACAAAUUGUUCACCAUCCAAAAUAAAGUUUAUGUAGUAGCCUAAUAACCAAUACAGGGGGAACUAAUGUUGGGUCUUUCUUUUAAUUUAUUUGUAUGCCCUGGUUCUCAUCUCAGGUCAGCUUUAAUCAGUACUCAAAUGUUGUCAUAUUUGGAGUACCUCAGAUGGUGAGUUUAAUUCUUAAUUAUCUACCAGUCUUGACAAUAAUAAUGGUAGCUUUUUAUUUUCUAAAUGCCACCACGCAUAGCACUACAUCAACAAUAUGAUCCUCAAUAUGAUGUUUGAUUGUAUGACUUCACAGAUGGAUCAGUUGGAGGGCAAACUGCAGACAGAACUACAGAGCACAGCUAAAGUGGUGGCCUGCCGUUUCCCUUUUCCCAACUGGGCACCUGAUGGCACCGCUGGAGAAGGAAUAGACACUGUGUGGGUAUAUGAUGCAGAGUCGUUCAAAACAGAAAAAGGAACACAUCAGGGACAUAUUGUAACUCCACAGCAGCCCCAGGGCAAUGGUGACACUACCACAUCAUAAUAAUUGUGUUCAUCCCUGGAUGCCUCAGGGAUUUUGUUGUUGAUUUGAAAAACCUUCCCAGGAUGUUAUCAAAUCAAAUGUGUAUAAGUCAGUAAUUGCUAAUCUGUAAAGGUUGUACCUGUAUUUAAAAUAAUAAAAAAUAAUUGUGAUAAUGUAAGC